ACUCACUCACCGCCCUGCAAGUAAGCCUUUGACAAUGGCGGCCUCACGAUAUCGUGAAUUUCGCCGUGCCUCACCAGAGCACUCAGAAGAUUUGGAAGGCAACCAGUAUGGCUUCUUCAUUAUCGACGAGGAUGGCGAAAUGCUGUAUGAGACCGAGUUCUGCGGUCUGUUUCUGACAAUGGUUCGACACGACGACGUGGCCAUGGUUAAGCGAUACUUGACCAAAUAUACUGGCCCCAUCUGGCCCGGAGAUUUGGGGAGUCAUAAUCCUUUCUGGACUGCUGUGCAUCACGGGAGCAAUAAUGUUCUUCGUAUGCUGCUGGAGCAUGAAGAGAUUUACCCGUCGCAACCACCGUCAUACAGGGCACAUUCGUACACCCUGUUGAACGAGGCAUGCCGUUGUGCUCACAUGAAUACGGUACUUUAUCUUCUUGAAAAUCACCCCCAAAUUGCCAACAUAGAAGAGAGAGAUGGUGAACAUGGUAUGAACGCGCUACUCUCAGUGGCGUGUUCCAUGUCUGAUAUGGGGAGCAUGUAUAACAGAUACGAAUCAAGAAGUGAUUUUAUCGCUCGGCGGGAAGAACUGAUGGAGUUCCUCUUGGACAAAGGCGCCUGUGCUCGCGAUGUGGUGUUAAGACCUCAACUGGGGGCGCAGCCUGAAGAUACGGUCCUCACCAUGGCCAUUUCCAGAGCCAGUGCCAAAAUGGUGAAGCGACUCCUUUCCGAAGGUGCCGAUAUGCACGCAAAAACGAUGCACGACGGAUUCUCUAGCUUUGGCGAGGAUCUCAUUACGGAUUGCACCGCGCUACAUUUUGGUAGCCAAUACUGCAACGUUGAUGGCAUUCGCACCCUGAUUGAGCAUUCGGACAGUGCCUCAUGCAUGGCAUCCUGUCGUGAUAGUUUCGGACGUCUUCCUCUUCAUUGGGCGGCCGCUAGUCGAUGCUCUAGCCGAUUCGAUUGUAACGUGGAGGAGGAUGAGGUUCUACUAUAUGUCAAGCCAACCCUUGAUCUACUAUUGGAUACCGAGCCAACUACGAUUAAUGCCCAGGAUGAGAAAGGGAACACGGCCUUGCACCAUGCUGUCAAGUGCCAUAGAGCAUGUGGCGGCGCCCAUCUCAACGUUAUCCUCAACACUUUAUGCGCGAGAGGAGGUGACGGCGGUAUUUGCAAUGACAAGGGAGAGACGCCGCUACAUCUCUUGUCAUUCCGCAUCUUGAACGGCGAUCCGAUUGACGCAAGUCUUGUUGAUUUGCUCCUUGCUCACGGUUGCGGCUUGAACGCGGUUGACUCAGACGGCAAUACACCACUCCACUGGGCGGCAAGGAACUUGGGGCAUAUUGACGCAGUUCGCAAUCUAGUCACACGGGGCGCGAACGUGAAUGCCGUCAAUGCGAAAGGGAACACGCCCCUGUUUCAAGCAGCAAGCGCUCAUCUGGCUACUUGUGGCGGUCAGGGCCUAACCUUGGACCGCUACAUUGUAGCGCAGCAGGAGAUGAUCCAAUUUCUACAGAAAGCUGGGGGUAAUAUUGAGAUGGUCAAUGGUGCAGGGAAGAGAUUGGAGGAUGUGAUUGAGGGAAGACGGGCUGAGAUAAAGAAGAAACUUACACCUAGGGAGAUUGGGAGAGGUAGAGGUAGAGGAAGCGGCAGAAUAGACUAGCUGAGUCAUUGUUAAAGGGACCAGGCGUAUCUGCUAUUUCCAUAAUUAGUAGGGAUGCAUGUUCAGCCCUUUAAAUGGCUUAGGGUUAAUGUCUAGUAGUCUCAAAAUAUAGAACGGCAAUUGGACAAUAAGACGAACCUUUAGCGAGGGUCAUAAGUUAUUC